AUGGCUUGGAGUUAUGUUAAAAUGUCAAUGUUCGGGAUAGCCGCAGCAUACUUAAGGGACGAUGAUAUCAUGGCCACGGUGGCCGUCCUCGUUCAGACGCCACAAAAACACCCUUGGGGAGGUUCGGUCCUAGGCCACAAGACUUACAAGCGUGAUCGAGUUGCGGCAGACUGGCAGCUGAAUCAGGACUACUUCGUUGAACAUCCACUUUACAAUAAGGAACAUUUCAGAAGGAGGUACAAUCUUUUGGCCUAG